AUGAUGACGAGUAUUUUGCAUGGGUAUAAGCGGAGCGUUGCGACGUACAAGCAAAAGGGCCAGAUGAAGAUGACCGAAGUCAAGGAACCGCUCUCUAUGGAUGACCCGCUCCUCUCCAAGAUGGCGCAUGCAUUCCUCGUGUUUUGCUGGAACCUAGCGACGCGGGCAGCCUCGAGAGCGACCAUCAUGUACGAGCACAUCACGUCUUAA